AACAAAGAAAUAGUACUAGUAAGAAUCUCAAGUACUAGUGAACAUUCUUAAUUUUACUCCUAAUAGAAACAAAAGUUGACGAUUAGAGUCCAAGUCAGACACAGAACCCAAAACAACGAUCCAGAUCAUCACUCCCUCAUCCAAUCCAACGGCUCAAAGCCCCUCCACAAAAGAAACACUUAUCUACUAACAACGGCCUACAACGUUCCACGUGUCCACCACAUAAAUCCUUAUUAACCCAUCCAAUCCAACGGAUAUCACGUUCAUUCUUCCAUUUCCCUCCACUCUCAACUCCCCACCGGAGCCGCCGUCAAUGAGAGCGAGUUGAUGGCUGAUUCAGACAACGAGUCAGGAGGAGCACCGAACGCCGGUAACAGCGAGCUAUCACCUCGUGAACAAGACCGAUUCCUACCGAUAGCGAACGUGAGUAGAAUCAUGAAGAAAGCGUUACCUGCAAACGCGAAGAUCUCGAAAGACGCGAAAGAAACGGUUCAAGAAUGCGUCUCCGAGUUCAUAAGCUUCAUCACCGGCGAAGCCUCCGAUAAGUGUCAGAGAGAGAAACGAAAGACGAUCAACGGCGACGAUCUACUGUGGGCGAUGACUACGUUAGGAUUCGAAGAGUACGUUGAGCCUCUGAAGAUUUAUCUUCAACGAUUCAGAGAGAUCGAAGGUGAGAAAACCGUUGCGGCACGUGACAAAGACGUUGCUCCUUCUUCGUCUUCGUCUUCGGUUUUCGAAUACGGUGCUCCUCAGGUUGGAAUGAUCAUGCAGCAUCAGGGACACGUGUACGGCUCUGGUGGUUACCAUCAAGUGCCUGGUGGGCCAGGUUAUCCUAAUGCUGGAUCUAAUACGGGUAGACCCAGGUAGAUAUGGCGUGGACGCGCGUAAUUUAAAAAUGAUAAAUUGUUGAAGAGUGUUGGAGUCAUGAUUCAUGUUAAUUAUUCUAUUAGUGAUUGGCAAGCAGAUACACUAUGAAGCCGAAAGUGGGUUAGUAGUGUAUUUGCAAAUGUUGUUGUUGUACAUUAUAAAUAAAUACUGCUUUCUUUGCUUUUUGUAUUA